UUUUGUAAACAAAGAUGGCGGAAGACUUCGCGAAUUUACUCGCACAGGGUAUAGAAAAACGUGUUUUAUAUGCUGGAAAAGGCGGACAAACGUCGUAUGAUAAUGGAACAAAGCUUUAUUUUCAUUUCCGGACAGAAAUUUGUGAUGAAGAGAACACAGUUAUUGAUGACAGCCAUAAGUAUAACAAACCAAUGGAAAUAAUUCUUGGGAAGAAAUUCAAACUGGAAGUUUGGGAAACUUGUUUACGGACAAUGAGAUUAAAUGAAGUAGCUAGCUUCAAAGUAGAAAAAUCACAUACCUCUGUAUACCCAGUUGUAUCUAAGACAUUACGGGAGUAUUACGGUGAGAAGAAAGCUCACAAUCACAAUGAUAGCGGCCAUUGUUGUGGAAUGAUGAUGGCUGAACAUGGAGUGGGGUUUGAUGACCUUAAUGAACUCAUGAAGAACCCCAAACAGCUCAGGUUUAUAUUAGAACUGGUAAAAGUAGAAAGACCAGAGGAAUAUGAAAAGGAUUCCUGGACAUUAACAGAUGAAGAAAAGCUUCAGAAAAUCCCACUCCUGAAGGAACAAGGCAACAAGUUCUUUUCAGAGAAAAAAUACUCAGAAGCAGCAGAGAAAUAUUUUGAGGCUUUGAGUUUUCUGGAACAACUGGUGCUCAAGGAGAAGCCUGGGGAACCAGAGUGGAACUCUUUAGAAGGCAUGAAGAUCCCUUUCCUAUUAAAUUACGCCCAGUGUAAAUUAUUCCUAAAAGACUUUUACCCUGUGAUAGAACACACAUCCACUGUACUGAAACGAGAACCAGAAAAUGUCAAGGCUUUGUUUCGUAGAGCUAAGGCACAUGUUGGAGCAUGGAAUCCCCAGGAGGCCAGAGACGACUUCAACAAGGUCAUGACCCUUGAUCCUUCCCUAUCUACGGCAGUCCAAAAAGAAAUAAAAAACUUAGAGGAAUUACAAAAGAAAAAAGACAGUGAAGAUAGAAAUAAACUGAAGGGACUUUUUAAUUCCUGAAGUUAAUAGUUAUUAGAUGUUUUAUUUUUUUAAAAUUCUUUAUGAAUAAUUAAUUUUUUUCCUUGUUUAGGUGCUUUUGUGAACAGUUUUAUUUUUUAAUGAACUCUUUAUUUUAUUUGCCAAUUCAGCAUUAUGGUAACAACCUUUAUCAUUAAGUGAACCAUAUUUUGAAUUUCAUAAGCAUCUUGAGAAAGGAAACCAUUUCAGAAUUUUACUCUGUUAUUUACAGUUUUAAAUUCUGAACUGUUGCUCAUUAUCAUAAAAAAUCAUACUCAGAAGCUGAAAGCCGUAGGUCUAAGUCAUUCCUCUGGAUUAGAGAGCAUUCUGGUUAGUGAUAUCCGUAGUUUGGUGAGUAAAACUGUAUAGGUACCAUCCCCUGUCAGGAAAACUGAACGUCCAUGAAAUGUCCCUGUAGUCAUUAGUCUCUAGUCACCAAUGAGAAUUUGUUAAACCUGGCAGGCUUCUGUUAUGUAAUGUAGGACAGAUUUGUCAUCACUACUGGAACACAUGUAAAGGAUCAGAUGCAUUUGUUUUAUGAAUAUUUUUGGAGAAUGGUUAUGAAGUAAAUUUAUACUAGGGAGUGUUGAUGUUUAUCUAUAAUUGAUGUAUUUUCAUGAUUCUUUGGCCUUUGUUUUUUGAAAAUGAUAAUUUUUUUCAAAAUGGUACUGUUUCAAAAGUCACAUAUAUUUUUGCUCUGUCAUGCUUGAAAAUUAUUUU